CUGAAACUCAUCUCCUCCUCCGACGACGACGACCGCCCGCUUUCCUCUUCUUUCCGCCCACUUUUUAUCCAACUUCAAUCUCAACUCACGACAUCCACCCAUACGACCGAUCAUUUUACGACGCCUCUCAUCCAGAAUGCAGCUCAAAUCUCUCCUCGUCGCUUUCGCCCUCAGCCUUUCUGUCCAGGCCGCUGAAAUCAAGGGCUGGACCGUCAAGGACUGCAAAGGCAACUCCGAUAACUCCAACUCUGUAGACGCCCUCACCACAUGCAGCAGCCUCGAGAGCUCCAAGUGGAAGUCGCUCAAGGCCGCCCCGGGUGAUUUCGUCUUGACUGCCUACAAGGACACGAAAUGUGCCGGUACCGGAUACGCCCUGCAGCCCGACAAGUGCAUCAACGGCGAGUUCGCUAGCUAUGAGGCCCAAUUUAUCUCCACCAUGAAGAAGCGGAACACCACCGAGAUCAUCGUCGACGAUACCACCACUGAGGCCGAGCCGGCGGAGAACACGGAUGAGCUCAAGUGAAGAUGGGAGGAAUACUCAGCCCUUGAAGCCAUCGGUCCGCGCGUUUAAUUCAGCAUCAUUCGACUUUGGGAUACCACUUUUAUUCUGCGAGGCACUUUGCAUCACGCCCCUGGGUCAGUCGCGGUCGCUUCUCGGGUCCGCAUCGAUUCGUCACAACUGCGAUGCUUCGUUAAGGCGCCUAUGGGGAUUUUAUAUUCUUUUUACUUGUGUAUGGUUGUUUGCAAGCAAUUCUCUGUAUAGUUGCAUCUCAGGACAUGAACAAUAGAUUAUCUGUUUCUUCUUCA